UUCAUCUGUCCCUGUAGUAUACAUGACAUGGCUGGGGUUCUCUCUGACCUGGCCCAGCAUUGGAAGAUACUUCCAUUGAUCAUCGUGCUUGGUAUUGGCUCAGGUUUACCUUUGGGUUACCAGAUAUCGGUGACCAGCUCAUCUUCAGUGUUUGUUAAGGAGUUUAUCAACCAGACAUGGAUAAGAAGAUAUGGAACCUUUGUCACAGAGGAAACAGUCACUCUGCUCUGGUCCACCGCAGUGUCUAUUUACAGCAUUGGGGGGUUGUUGGGAUCUCUCUUGUCUGGAUAUUUGCUGGGAAGAUAUGGGAAGAAACGGUGCCAGAUACUGAGUAACUUGGUUGGUAUUACAGCCGCCAUGUUUCUUGGAUUAUGCAAGGUAGCUGGGUCCCAUGAGAUGAUUCUGAUUGGACGGUUCCUUUAUGGCUUUACCAUAGGUUUAUCAAUGAAUAUAUAUGUUCAAUACCUGGGAGAGAUUGCCCCAAGGAACCUCCGAGGCUUCAUCAACACCACAGCCCCAGUGUUUAUGACAUCAGGGAAGCUCUGGGGCCAAAUUGUGGGACUCAGGGAGACUUUGGGGACAGAAGCACUUUGGCCCCUGAUGUUGUCAUUAAGUGGGUUUACAAAAGUACUGCAGUUGGCAAUAAUGCCAUUUUACCCAGAAACUCCCCCAUACCUCCUCCUGGUAAAAAAGGACAAGGAGCGCUGUGUGAAAGCUAUGAAAAAGUACUGGGGGAAUCACAACUACCAAGCAGAGAUUGACAACAUGCUGUCAGAAAAAGAAAUCUGUAGGACAACAAAGACCAUGAAUGUGCUGGAACUUGUACGCGAUCGCUCAAUGCGAUGGCAGCUCUAUGUUGUGAUCUGUAUUAGCCUCGCUCUCCAGCUUUCUGGGAUCAAUGCAAUCUAUUAUUAUGCAAACAGUGUGUUUGUUACAGCUGGCCUGCCUGUGGAGCAGAUCCCCUAUAUGUCUCUGGGCAUGGGGAGCUGUGAGGUUCUGUCUUCAAUGUUAUGCACUAUACUAAUUGAGCGUUGUGGAAGAAAGACUCUCUUACUGGGCAGUUAUGGACUUAUGGGUGUAAUGCUGGCUCUCCUCACUGUCACGUUGUCUCUUCAGGGAUGGUAUAGCUGGAUCCCAUACUGCAGCGCUGUCCUUAUUUUCCUUUACACUUUGUUCUUUGGUGUAGGACCAGGGGCCGUCACACUAUCUGUGGUUAUAGAAAUGUGCAGUCACUCAUCUCGCCCUGCAGUAUUUGUUAUUAUCAGUAGCCUCAACUGGAUCGGCAUGUAUGUCAUUGGAGUGGCAUUCCCUUAUGUAGUGGCCAGCCUGAAUCAAUUCUGCUUCCUCAUCUUCCUUACCUGUAUUUUAGUGUCUGGGAUAUUCCUGUUUGUCUUCCUCCCAGAGACAAAAGGGAAAUCGUUACAGCAAAUUACAGAAGAAUUUAAUCGAUUCAACUUUAGAGAAAAAAACUCCAAGGACACAGCUGAAAUUUCUGAAAAGAUAGAAACUAGUGUGUGAUCCAUGUCAUUCCACAUUUUCUUUUAUAUAACUCUGCAUCUGAGAUGGAUGAGCAGAGGAACGUGUGUAGGAAUGCAUUUUUCUUGUGAUUUAUGUCAACGUUGCACAAUAGAAAUAUUGCAAUGGGAAAAAUAGUAACAA